AGAACUUUCCCGAGAAGCCUCGCGGGGUUUGCUUGUCCGUUUUGCUCUGGCCCGGAGAAGGAGGAGGCGAGGCGUUGCCGCGGCUGGUGGAAACGGGAGCGCUGCGGAGGGGAGGCGGCGAGGCCAGGCCAUGUUCCGCAUCGAGGGGCUGGGGCCCAAGCUGGACCCGGAGGAGCUGAAGCGGAAGAUGCGCGAGGACGUCCUCUCGUCGGUCCGCACAUUCCUCCUCUACGUGGUGGCGCUGCGCAUCGCUCCAUAUAUCUUAAAGAAGCUGGACAGCAUAUGAGAACAGAAAAGCUUCAAAGGUGGCCUGCAGAGAAGACCAAGUUAGACUGUGGUUGGUUUUCAGUGGAAGAGACUGAAAAUUGACAGAGAUCCAAACAUUUCCUACAGAGAGAUGUGGGAAGCUAUAGAAGUGCUGAAAAGCGGGAACAAAUUUUUGUCCCCAUUACUGCCAUGUGUCAGGAUGCUGCUUCUCUGUGUUGGUACACAUGUAUUCUUGUUCAAAAAUUAUGUUCACUUUUGUUUUGGGAAACCUGGUGACUGUAAACAGUGCUUUGCAAUCUCUGAAGUAUUACAGUGAUAUUCUCACUCUGAAUCUUGUUGUGUGAAGCUUUAAUGACUGGAAUAAAGUUGAACAUAGGUUUUAAUUAUAA